CGUUGCUAUGCAACCAACUAACCUAUAUUUAUCAAUCGAAAAGAAAUAAUAAACAAAUAAACAAAGAUUAUUUAAACAAAUUAAUUUUAAACUUGCCAUGGUUGACUAUCUGCCAGAUAUUUAUACAUCUGAUGAAUCACUACAAUAUUAUACAAAUGAAUUUGAAGAUAUUUUUCAAGAAUCAUUUCAAGAUGUAUGGGAAAAUUGUGUUCUAGAAUCUGUAAAAAGCAUUUACAAUUCAAUGUACCUGUGUUUAAUUGUGAAUGUAGCCUUUGGGCUCAUCACCUCCUUAGGUCUUCCAGAAAUUUUAUUUCAUUGGUUAUCAGCAAUGUGUGGAGUCUAUAUACUUGUAAUCACUCUACAGUCCACAAAAACCCUUAUGGUUAUAUAUCUAGCAUAUAUCUUAACUUAUUUAAUAAUAAUUGUUGUGAUUACUUUACAUAAAAGACUGAAUCAAACAAAACCAAAAGAAGAUAUCAAGAGAAAUACACAAAUAGGCUUCAUUGCAAGUUCUUCUGUAGUGCAGUAUUCUCUAAUAAUAAUCUUUGUUUUAUUUGAGUAUAUUUUGUUGGAUAAAGAAGAAUGGCUUGAAAUUAGGGGUAUUAUGAUGGUAUUUUCAAUGAAAUUAAUUUCUCUUGUAACAGAUCAAGGAAUGAAUGACUUUCCUAGUUUUUCAGAGUAUUGUGGUUACAUGUUCUCAAAUGGGAAUAUUUUGUUUGGACCUUGGAUAAGUUAUGAAAAUUAUAUGUAUCAAAUGAAAUAUCCUACAAGAAAAAACAUUUUUUGGGUACUGGCUAUUCUGAGAGCUCUAUUCCUAGCAGUAUUUUUCUUAUCAGUUUCUAACUGUUGGGCUAGUUAUUUAAUAUCAGAUAAUUCUAACAGGCUGCUAUUGGGAUACAAAGAAGCUCUUUCUUUUAGAACUAGUCAUUAUUUUAUAUGUUACCUCUCUGAAGCUCUCAUCUUAGCAGCUGGUUGGAAAGAUAAUGAUUAUCACUUUGAUACUGAAACAUGGACACUUUCAGUAACAGAUCCAUGGCAAAUUGAAUUUCCCACAGCUUUAUCCAUAGUGGUUAUCAACUGGAAUAAGCCCAUGCAUGCAUUUUUUAAAAAAUAUAUCUACAGAAAAUGGUUACCACUAGGGAAGUUUUAUGCCGUUUUUGUCACAUUUCUAAUAUCCUCACUUUUUCACGGAUUUGAAAUUAAAGUUUCACUAGUUCUAAUUAGUUUAGGGAUAUUUUCGUAUCUACAAGUUUUAGUUAGAGAUUAUAUAUCUCAAACUUUUAAUAUGUGUGUUAAAAUUUAUCCUUGUAAAAGUUGCAAUCACAAAAUCAGGCCAAGUAGUAUUUUAUGUACUUUAACAAAAUUGAUAUUUUCUUUAUUAACAGUAUUGGAUUUAAUUUAUUUAGGUGUCUUAAUGGAUCAAUCUACCGACGAAGUUGGUAUUUAUACUAAAUGGAAUAAUCUGUAUUUUUGUAGUUUUUGGAUAAUGUUGAUAAACUUUUUAAUUGUGAAGUAAAAUUAUAAACUCUUAUAGAUAUCUUAGUCUCUCUAUUAAUGUGAUAUUUUUUAAAUCUCUCUUCAAAAUCAGUAUUAUUUUUUUAUUAUAGUUUUAUUUUGUAUUUAAAAAUUGAAUAAAGUUAAUUCUAAAUCGUUUCUCAG